AUGGGUCCUAAAGCUUUUGUGGAUUUGUGUGACAUCUUAGUUAGAAAUGGCGGUCUUAGGCCAACAUUACGUGUUUUUAUUGAAGAACAAGUUGCAAAAACAUUGUACUUAUUGGGACAUAAUGUUUCCAAUCGUGUACUUGGUUUCUUUUUUUGUCGAUCUGGAGAGACUGAUUGUGCAGGAAUAAUUGAUGGAACACAUAUCCGAGUGAAAGUUUCUCGUAAAGAAGCUCCUAAAUAUAGUGGGAGGAAAGAUUAUCCAACACAAAAUGUAUUAGCUGCAUGUACAUUUGAUUUGAAAUUCACCUAUGUGUUGCCCGGUUGGGAAGGAAUAGCACCUGAUUCUAGAAUUAUGAAAAAUGCAUUAACUAGAGAGUACCCCUUAAAAAUUCUACAAGAUAUGGAUAUACUUGCUGAGGUUGAUGAUGAACUUAAUAACGGUAGUAGCCCACAAGAGCAUUGUCGUCACACCAAUAGAGAUGAUAAUGAAGAUGCAAUUAGAGGAGAAUUGCUAAGAGACUCCAUAGCAACUAAUAUGAAUGCAAUAGAACGGACAUUUGGUGUACUGAAGAAGCGAUUCUCCAUCAUAACAAGUUCAACAGAGCCACAUUAUGGUGUUGAUACACAAGAAGAAAUUAUUUUGGUCUGUUGUAUUUUGCAUAAUUAUUUGAUUGGUGUAAAUCCAGAUAUGGAUGUACUUGCUGAGGUUGAUGAUGAACUUAAUAACGGUAGUAGCCCACAAGAGCAUUGUCGUCACACCAAUAGAGAUGAUAAUGAAGAUGCAAUUAGAGGAUAA